UCAUUUGUAGAUGCUCGCCAUAUUGCUCCUAUAGUCGGUCAUUUUAACACAGAAUGUGUUUUAUGUUGUAUAUUCGGAGAUAAAAAACCCUCUUUAAGGUAUGUUUUCUGAACUUUAGAUCGAAAUGUUGUCUUUUGCCUUGCAAAGGAAUUCAUGACAAAAAAUAAUCAGCAUGUAGUCGUGCGUAUCCACGCAACAGCGCCGCAGAGAAAUACAUGUGUUUUUUUACACGGAGAUGUUUAGUUUCGCGAUGCAGUGUCAAGACGAAGCCGUGGACACAUACAAACACCGAAACACAAUCGAUGACUCUGGAGCUCCCACACUUAACGUCAAGCUGGACGAACUCAACAUUAUGAGAAGGAGCGACAACUAUUGGCCAGUUCCUGGCGAGGAGAAGACCCCGGAUUCAAAUAACCCCAAGACCCUGAAUGACAGUUCAAUAGAAAUGAAAAAUCUUGAAGCUGGAGAUGGAGCACCCCCGUGUCUUGCGUUAGGCCCAUAUUUUGCUGAUGGCAAGCGGCGAGUAGACUAUGUGCUUGCCUAUCACAUUCAGAAACCCAACAGUAUUCGGCACAAGGCUCCCAAGUUUGCAGACGGCAACUUCAUUCGCCGUCUCCGCCGCAGUCUCAGCUCGAGAAGCAGCCGUGCACCUCUGCAGCCAAAAGAAGACCCAGAGAUUGCUGCCCAAAAACAACAGACCAAUUAUCAUCAAGAUGACCAGCGGUUCCGGCGGGAAGAGUUUGAAGAUAACCUCCAAGAGAAUGGGCUGGAGUUGGAAAAAGACGAGAAGAGCAAGAUUCCUGGAAUUGGUUUUUUGAAAAUCCAUGCCCCAUGGAAUGUUCUGUGCCGGGAGGCUGAGUUCAUGAAGCUUAAGAUGCCGACAACCAAGGUUUUUGACGUCAAACAAGGAGAUAAUAUUGUGGAAAGGAUCCGACUGUUCAUUCACAAAGUCACCGCACCUUUGCACCCAAAAGUGGAUAACCUUCAGACACCAAGUGUAAAAUCUCUCAGUCACCCUUUCUCCAGAGAGAAGGAGCACCUAUUUGAUCUGUCAGACAGAGACACGUUUUUUGACAGCAAGACCAGGAGCACAUUGGCAUAUGAAGUGCUCAAAAGGACAAGAUGCACAAAGGCGACAUACUCAAUGGGGAUUACCAGUCUGCUUGCCAAUGGUGUUUAUACAUCUGCUUAUCCUCCUCAUGAUGGGGACAUUGAGGGAGUGAAUGCUGAACCAAAUGACAGAAAGAUAUUGUAUGAGCAGUGGGCCAGCUACAGUGUCUUCUACAAGUAUCAACCAAUUGGAUUGAUUAGGAAGUAUUUCGGAGAGAAGGUUGGAUUGUACUUUGCCUGGCUGGGAGUCUACACACAGAUGUUAAUCCCUGCAGCCAUUGUUGGAGUUAUCGUCUUCCUCUAUGGCUGUGCCACAGUCGAUGAUAACAUACCAAGCAUGGAGAUUUGCGAUCCAAGGAACAACAUCACCAUGUGCCCGCUGUGCGAUAGCGCUUGCAGCUAUUGGAAGCUAGUGACAGCAUGUGGUACUGCCCGAGCCAGCCACCUCUUUGACAACCCAGCAACUGUCUUUUUCUCCGUUUUCAUGGCCCUGUGGGCGGUUCUCUUCAUGGAGCACUGGAAGAGACGACAGAUGCGACUCAACUAUGUUUGGGAUCUGACUGGUUUUGGAGAGGAAGACGAGGAGGAACACAAGGACCAUAACCGAGCAGAAUACGAGUUCCGCGUCAUGCAAAAGGCAAUGAAACAAGAAAAUUCAACAUCUAAGGGUGAGAAGGUGAAGCUGACAUGUACAGACAGACUGCCAGCAUACUUGACAACCGUGGCCAUGAUGAUUUUCUUGAUCUCCGUGACAUUUGUUAUUGUCUUCGGGGUUAUCCUGUACCGGAUCAGCAUUAAGACAGCUUUGCACAUUAGCACCUACCCUGCAGCACGAUACCAUGUGCGGGCCACUGUCAAGACCACAGCUGCCAUCAUCAACCUCAUCAUCAUCAUCAUCUUAGAUGAAAUCUAUGGUAAAAUUGCUCGCUGGCUCACCAUACUUGAGGUUCCAAAAACAGACAAAAGCUUUGAAGAGAGGCUUAUCUGCAAGACUUUUAUUUUGAAAUUUGUCAAUGCCUUCACGCCAAUUGUUUAUUUGGCUUUUUUUAGGGGAAGGCAUGUUGGGCGGCCAGGAAAGUACCUGUAUGUUGUAGGAUCAUACAGAAUGGAAGAGUGUGCUCACGCAGGAUGCCUUAUGGAGUUAUGCAUCCAGUUAUGUAUCACUAUGCUUGGCAAGCAACUCAUCCAGAACAACCUGUUUGAGGUUGGCAUGCCCAAGCUGAAAAAAUUGUGGCGUAAAAAGAAGUCGGACUUAGACUUAAAGAGAGAAAAGGAACUGGCCAAAACAAUGCAACAGCACGAGAAAGAUCUCUUCCUGGGACCAUUUGUUGGCCUCAACCCAGAGUACAUGGAAAUGAUCAUCCAGUUUGGGAUGGUGACUCUUUUUGUGGCCUCCUUUCCCCUGGCUCCUCUCUUCGCUCUUCUGAAUAACAUCAUUGAGAUCCGCCUAGACGCCAAAAAGUUUGUUAUGGAGCUCAGAAGGCCUAACGCUGUCAAAGCCAGAGAUAUUGGUAUCUGGUACAACCUAUUAAGAGGUCUAAGCAAGGUGGCAGUCAUACUGAAUGCCUUUGUCAUUGCCUUCACAUCUGACUUCAUCCCACGGCUUGUCUACAAGUACAUGUACAGUCCUGAUGGCACCAUGCACGGCUUUGUCAAUCACACUCUGUCAUACUUUAAUGUGAGUGACUUUCAGCCAGGUACAGACCCUGUCCAGCCAAUGAUUCUAGGACAUUCAGUAAUAACAUGCAGGUAUAAAGACUACAGAGACCCUCCUUGGUCCAGCACACCAUAUGAUCUCUCCAAGGAGUUCUGGACCAUUCUUGCUGUCCGCCUGACUUUUGUUGUCGUCUUUCAGAAUGUGGUGAUAGUCAUGAGUGACUUUAUUGAUUGGUUGAUCGCAGACAUACCAAAGGACAUCAGCCUACAGAUCCACAAGGAAAAGGUGUUGAUGGUGGAGCUGUUCAUGAAGGAAGAGCAAGGAAGGAAGCUUGCCCUGCGAAACAGUCAAAAACGGAACAGUUGUGCAUCGCCCAACAAGAGCCUACAAUGUGCACGUAGUAAAACAUAAAUUACUCCACUGUAAGCAGUACAUUUUUAUUGAAAAAUAAGCACACUUUAACGAAUUAGAAUUAAAAUGAUACAUUUAAAGGUUACAUUAUGAGUACUUUCAACAGUAGCUAGAAUAGUUAUACCUUAAUAAAGACAGUUUUGGGGAUUAUUUGUUGUAAAGACCUGUAACUUUAAUAUGUUCACAUUAGUCGUCAGCAUUUUAGAGUUAGUAUUUUUUUUUUCAAUGUACACUUUUACUUCCUGAACCCAAACAUAAACUAAAAUGAGGUAAAAUGAUGAGGGAUAUACCACAGACCUCAUGAAACACAUUUCUGGCAAUGGUGGGGGGCAUACUUGCCAACCCUCCCAGAUUUUCCAGGAGACUCCCGAAAUUCAGCGCCUCUCCCGAAAACCUCCCGGGACAAAUUAUCUCCCGAAAAUCUCCCGAAAUUCAGGCGGACUCAGGUCCAUGAGUCCGCUUUCCCACAAUAUAAGCGGUGUGCCUGCCCAAUGACGUUAUAACUGUAGAAUGAUCGAGGGCGAGUUCUUGGUUCCUUAUGUGGGUUUAUUGUUAGGCAGUUUCAUUAUCGUCCUCCCAGCGCGGUAACAACACACAACAGCAGUCACGUUUUGGUCUACCGUAAAGCAGUUCGUCUGCCGUAAACAGCAAUGUUGUGACAAUCUUAAACAGGACAAUACUGCCAUCUAGUGCAUUUGAUGAAAGCACUUUUGUGCGUGCCACACAGCAAUGCAUCAUCAGAGAGGGUGUUCAGCAUGGUUAGGAUGGACAAUUCAACCCUUAACUCAACAAGUAUAUGUGUAAAUAAAUGAACACUG